GCUCCCCGCCGAAGCGCAAGGCGGAGACUCUACCACUGGACCACGGGAGCCCCCAAAGAGAACACCAUUGGAAGAGCUCUUUUUGAAAACAGGAAUGGAGACAGUAAAGACAGUACUAUAUAAAUUUUUGGCAAAAGAGAGAGAAAAAAGGAGACUUAAAGAAAUUUAGAAACUCAAAAGACCCAGACCGAGAAAGACUGAGGGAUGCCGUUAUAAAGGAACAGUACACAAGUUUUGGACAAUAAGAGAAAAAAGAAUGAAAGAAAAAGGAAAACAAUAGACCCAGACAGUAGACACAUCAGGGAGUGCCGUUACAAAGGCAAAACUCCCGACCGACUACUACUACUACUACUACUAGGCAAGACAACAACUUAACGUCCCAGCGGCGGCGAGGGUCAUGGCCAGCCUGUAGCAGCCUAACUAGCCCCAUAAAACACCCAAGAAGAAGAAGGCACUCCCGAGGCACCACUGCCAUGCGUGUGGCACCAUGGCGCCGGCUGCGUGCCACUGCCACCCACUGGACACGGCUGUCAAGGCCCCUGCACCGAGCUCAAGACACGCUGGCCCCGGGAAGUGGAGACCGCCCCGUGCCCGCCCACCCGCCGCCCCCCGCCCAGGACAGCCUCCAGAACCUGAACCGCAUCCGUAACAUCGGCAUCAUGGCACACAUUGAUGCAGGCAAGACCACCACCACAGAGCGCAUGUUGUUCUAUGGGGGUGUCACGCGGACGAUCGGUGAGGUGCAUCAUGGCGACACUGUCAUGGACUAUCUCGACCAGGAGCGAGAGAGAGGCAUCACCAUCACCUCCGCGGCCAUCACCCUCCCCUGGGCGGACCAUCGCAUCAACCUGGUAGACACGCCGGGCCACGUGGACUUCACAAUGGAGGUGGAGCGCUCCCUUAGGGUCCUCGACGGGGCGGUGGCCAUUCUGGAUGCUUCGGCAGGCGUGGAGGCGCAGACCCUAACAGUGUGGCGGCAGGCAGACCGCUACAAGGUGCCGCGUCUUGUCUACCUCAACAAGAUGGACAAACCGAGUGCCAACAUGACCCUCUGCUUGGACUCCAUCAGGGCCAAGUUAGGCACUGUGGCACUCCCUGUCCACCUCCCCCUGGGCCAUGGCAAGAAAUUCAGGGGUGUUGUGGACCUGAUCAACAUGGACAAGUUAGAAUGGGACCUUGGCUCACAUGACCGUGGGCAGCGUUACCAGAAGCAGGCGCUCACCCCAGAGGACGAGGAGGUGUGGGAUGCGGCUCUGCUGGCACGCUGCGAGCUGACGGACUCUUUGGCAGACCUGGACACCCCAUUAGCCGAGCAUGUGCUGGAGGUGGAGUCCCUGGAGGCAGCGCAGGCGGACUUUUUGAAACAGGCUCUCCGCAGGGUGACUCUCAACCAGGAGGCAGUUGCGGUGCUUGUCGGAAGCUCGUACAAAAACGUCGGCGUACAACCACUGAUGGACGCCGUGAUUGACUACCUGCCGGCCCCUAGUGAGUGUGAGCAGCCUGCCGCCCUCAGCCUGUAUUCCCCCAGCCUGUGCGCUCUGGCCUUCAAGAUCCUGCAUGACCCACAGAGAGGCGGGGUCAUGACCUUUCUGCGCCUUUACUCAGGACGUCUUGAAAAGGGCCAGAGGAUUUACAACGUGAACGGGGAGCGAACGGAGAAGGUUGGGCAAGUGCUGAUAGCCUAUGCCGAUCAUUUUAAGGAAGUGACGUCUGUUGAGGCGGGAAACAUUGUAGUCGUCACUGGCUUGAAGGUCACCAGCACGGGAGACACACUCGUGGCCAGUCAGUCGGUGGCCAAUGCUGCGCAGAGGAAGCUGGCUGCUGCAGGGGACCCAAAGGCCGCCACAACCCUCCUCGGCGUCCAAGUCCCAGACCCGGUUUUCUUCUGCUCUGUGGAGGCACCAUCAGCAUCCCAGCAGAAGGCCUUGGAGGAUGCUCUGACGCAGCUGCAGAGGGAAGACCCAAGCCUGCACGCUGAGGUGGACGAGGAGACCGGCCAAACUGUGCUGUCAGGCAUGGGUGAACUGCAUUUAGAAGUCAUCCGCAACAGAAUCCGCAAAGAGCACAAGGUGGAUGCAGAUCUUGGUCCGCUGCAGGUGGCCUACCGCGAGACUUCCACCACCAGAACGGCACAAACCCUAGAGGUGGACAAGACUAUCGGAGACAGCCGCCAACAGGUCAAGGUCAGCCUCUGUAUCUCUCCUGACCCGGGCCACAAGUUCAAGUCCGUGACCAUGGAAUACUCUGCAGACAACCAAGAGAACUUGGGAGCGCUGCGCCGUCACCACCUCGCAGCCAUCAAUCGGGGCGUUGGCUCGGCCCUUAAGAGCGGUCCGGUGCUGGGUUGCCCCGUGGUGGACGUCCGAGUGGGCCUGCAGUGGUGCCAGGUUGGGCCCGGCACCUCAGAGACCAUGGUGGCUGCUGCUGCCGCUCAGUGCCUCCAGCAGGUGCUGGCCGAGGGAGGCUGUCAGCUGAUGGAGCCAGUGAUGGAGCUGGAGGUGGUUGUGGAGGAGAGCCUGGCCUCCACUAUACUCAAUGACCUCUCGCGGCGGAGGGCCAACAUCCUCCACCUCUCCCAGAGACACAACAUGAGGGUUCUGACUGUCGAGUGUCCGCUGGCAGAGCUUCUUGGCUACUCCACAGCUGUCCGCACAAUGUCCUCGGGCAUGGCUUCCUUCUCCAUGGAGCUAUCACACUACAGACUGGUGAACCCGGCCCAACAAGCAGCUGUCAUUGAGGCUGUCACGGGCUUCAGACCAUGAGGGGACACAGGACUCCCAGGGUGGCUGCUGCACUGAGGUCUUACUCCUUAACACACCCCAGGGAUAAUCUGCUGCUUGAAGGGUAGAGGGGCCUUGAAAAACAUGAUCCCUGCAGCUACUGGGUUAAAAUGUGGAGCAGGCAAUCAAUCAAGUCUUCCACCCACAGGUAUACACAACCUAGCGGGGGGCAUCAGAGUCCGGGCAGGAGGCAUUGGGCACUGUUCCAGGUGACAGACGAGAUGGGAGACUGUUUGGUAGAGCUGUAAAUAGACUGUUUGUUAUACCAGAAUUAUAUGUGUAAAUAAAAGUUUAUACAAUUCA